AUGUUGCCUAAUUCAAAUAAUACAUCAGAUGAUCUACUCCAACGUGUACAACAAAUAACUGGACGAAUGAAGGAUGAUAUAAAAGAAACACAAAUAAAAAUUGAUAUAGCACAACGAAAACAAAAAGAACGCCAUGAUAGAAAAUUAUCAGUAGAUUACAAUUUCAAAAUAGGACAAUUGGUUUUGAAAUAUGAAAAUAAAAUUGAAGGCAAAAAGAAAUUAGAAGAACGGUACCAAUCAAUGGCUCGAGAUUGA